AUGGUGGGACUUGUACCUGGCCGCCGCCGAACUAUCUCCAAUGCGAGCAGUCGAGCCUCCAGCGAAGCGACGGACCCAGAGGACGACACCCUUGUGGUUGAGCCCGACCAAGGCAAUGUCCUAUCGCAUAUCAUCUCCCAGCUACGGCCCGGCGCGGACUUGAGCAGGGUGGUGCUCCCGACCUUCAUCUUGGAGCCACGUAGUAUGCUGGAGCGAAUCACCAACUUCAUGUGCCACCCCGAGAUGCUCUUGCCGAUUCCCGAAAUCGACGACCCCGUAGAACGAUUUGUUGCCGUGGUGAAGUUUUACCUUAGCGGCUGGCAUAUCCGCCCCCCAGGGGUCAAGAAACCGCUGAACCCCGUCCUCGGCGAAAUAUUCACUUGUUACUGGGACUUCCCCGACAAGACCCGAGGCUACUACAUCUCCGAACAGACCUCCCAUCACCCCCCGAAGUCGAGCUAUUUCUACAUGGUUCCAGGUCACAACAUUAGAGUGGAUGGGACACUCCAACCAAGGAGUAGAUUCUUGGGGAACUCGGCAGCAAGCUUGAUGGAAGGCACCGCUUUUUUGUCCCUCUUAAAUCGGGGUGCGGAUCCGUCAAAGGGCGAGCGAUACUCUCUCACGCAACCCAACAUGUACGCCCGAGGCAUUCUCUUUGGCAAAAUGAAGUACGAGCUAGGAGAUCACAGCUAUGUAAAGUGCCCGGAGACAGGAUUGUCAGCGGAUAUCGAAUUCAAGACCAAAGGGUGGGUUAGUGGGACCUACAAUGCCAUCGGAGGUGUAAUCAAGAACGACCACACGGGCGAGAUUCUCUACGAGCUCUCAGGACUGUGGAACGAGGAAAUGUUCCUCAAAGACGUUAAGACGGGACAAAGGGAUAUGUUCUUUAAUGCGUUACGAUCGAAACCAAGUCCCCCAAUUUCCCGACCCCUAGAUGAGCAAGAGGCUCGAGAAUCACAACGACUAUGGGCCAAAACCGCGCAAGCUGUUAAAGACCGAAACCAUGAACUUGCGACGGAGGAGAAAACGAAAAUAGAAGAGGCACAGCGAGAAGAAGCCGCAAAGCGGGUCAACGACGGUGUGGAAUGGCAUCCCAGACUGUUCCGGCCGGUAAAGGGCGGUCCCGGCGGCCCAGAGGAGGGUGAGGAAGAUCUUGAGUGGAUCAUUAACGCUACAAUAGACGGAGCUACGCCGGAGGCCCAGGCCAAGCAAAUCAUGGCCAUUUAUCCAGUCAUCAAGGGGCAGAAACCCAAACAGGAAAACGUAAUUCCCCCUAGGGCCUCGCACUCAGAGGCAUCCGCUUCGUCCAAAGAUUCUCACAACGGCGAAGGAACCUUGACAGACUCUGCUAACGAGAGCUCGACGCCCCAUCAAUUUCCGUCGGGGGAGGGGGCGCAACCUUCGAAUGAGAGCCGACCUCCGCUCGAUCCCGCACACAGUAGUACGGCUGAGGUUCAGGAACUUCUCGCCUCGACCGGCAAGCGGGCCCAGGGCGGCCCUUUGAUCGACUUCCACGGCGACAUGAAGAAGGACUUGCCAAAUAGCACGAAACGAACGGACUCGAUGGUAUCAGAAAACAACUUUGUCGAUGCCGAGGGAUAA